AUGGCUGAGGACUGGCUGGAUUGCCCAGCCCUGGGCCCAGGCUGGAAGCGCCGAGAGGUCUUUCGCAAGUCGGGGGCUACCUGCGGACGUUCCGACACUUAUUACCAGAGCCCCACAGGAGACCGGAUCCGAAGCAAAGUUGAGCUGACCCGAUACCUGGGCCCCGCGUGUGACCUCACCCUCUUUGACUUCAAGCAAGGUGUCCUAUGCUAUCCAACCCCCAAGGCCCAUGCUUUAACUGUCCGUGGCAGAAAGCGGAAGAAGCCUUCAAGGCCAGUCAAAGCUCAGCAGUGUCAGGUUGGACCCAACAGGGAUGAGGUCAAGAAGGAGGCCUUGGGGAAUGAGACCAAGGCUGACACUGACACAGCCCCAGCUUCAUUGCCUGCACCUGGGUGCUGCGAGAAUUGUGGAAUCAGCUUCUCAGUAGAUUGUACGAGGAGGCAACGGCUCAAGACGUUGUGCAAGGACUGCCGAGCACAGAGAAUUGCCUUCAACCGAGAGCAGAGAAUGUUCAAGCGUGUGGGCUGUGGGGAGUGUGUGGCCUGCCAGGUGACCGAGGACUGCGGGACUUGCUCCACCUGCCUGCUGCAGCUGCCCCAAGAUGUGGCAUCCGGGCUGUUCUGCAAGUGUGAGCGGAGACGUUGCCUCCGGAUUGUGGAAAGGAGCCGAGGGUGUGGAGUGUGCCGGGGCUGUCAGACACGAGAAGACUGUGGCUGUUGCCGAGUCUGCCUCCGCCCACCCCGCCCAGGUCUCAGGCGCCAGUGGAGGUGCGUCCAGCGGCGCUGCCUGCGGGGCAAACUUGGCCGCCGCAGAGGAGGCUGUGACCCCAAGAUUGCUGCCCAGCGGCGCCCCCAAACCCAAGCAUUGCCUCCACCAUCCCUUUUGCAGCCCCCUGAACCCACAGAGCUGCACCCCAGAGCCCUGGCCCCCUCGCCACCUGCUGAGUUCAUCUAUUACUGUGUAGACGAGGACGAGCUAAAGCGGCUGCUGCCCAGUGUUUGGGCAGAAUCUGAGGAUGGAGCAGAGCUUCCGACACCCUGUUAUCAUCGAAGGAAGCCUGUCUCUGCCCGCCGGCCCCAGCUGGGCCCUACUCUGAAGUCCUCAUUGGCCAUGCCUAUGGCCCGACCAGCCCAUGCCCAGUUUCCAAUGAAGCAGGAGGCAGGUGGUGGCUUUGUGCUGCCACCACCUGGCACUGACCUUGUGUUCCUCCGGGAGGGUGCAAGCAGUCCUGUGCCAGUGCCUGGCCCUGCCCCUUCCACAGAAGCUCCUUUGCAGGCAGGAGACCCAGUCCUGCACCUUGUGAAGCAGGAGCCACUUGACCCUGAGGAGGAGAAUAGGAAUGAUUCCGCCUCUGAUUCAGCCCCAGAGGAGGAGGCAGGAGGGGUUGGCACACCUGUGAUCACGGAGAUUUUCAGCCUGGGUGGAACCCGCUUCCGGGACACAGCGGUCUGGUUGCCAAGGGCAGGCAGUCGGGAAGGGAAGAUGGACGUAAAGUGUGGGCAAGCGAGGACACUGGAAUCCACAGGCAGGAGCUGGAGUCCACGGGCGGGAGCUGGAGCCCACAGGGAUGGCCCGGAACCCAUGUCAGUCUCCUGCCACCUUCAGCUUCGAUGA